UCGAAUGGAAAUGUCCCUCUCUGACAGAUUUGUAUUUGUCGUCUGUGUGAAUGAGCAGUGAAUGGCAGGAAGUAGGUAAUGGGCGAAUUAUCGCAAAAAUAUUAAUUACACUUAAGGCCGAGCCAUGUCCUGCUCUGCGCGAACAGGCCAGAAUCGUAUACCAACAAUGGCAGUUCUGAGCGCAAGCUGUCAGACUGCUUGCAAUACUAACUUUUGCAAUGGAUAGCUUACUAGAAACGUUUGUUCAAGUAUUGAUUAUCUGCAACAGUAGCUAGCUAGCUUGUGACAUGGACGGAGACGGCUCUACGACAGACGCCUCUCAGCUGGGCAUCAGUGGAGAGUACAUCGCUGGAAGUCACUACAUCUUGCAGUCCCCAGAUGAUGAUGGAGAUGAGGGCUUGAAUGACCAUGAUGAUGGUAACAUCAAAGAGAACUUCCGGGAGCAGGACAUCUAUCUACCUAUUGCUAAUGUUGCCCGCAUCAUGAAGAAUGCUGUUCCACAGACAGGAAAGAUAGCGAAAGACGCGAAGGAGUGUGUGCAGGAGUGCGUCAGCGAGUUCAUCAGCUUCAUUACCUCCGAGGCCAGUGAGCGCUGCCAUCAGGAGAAGAGGAAGACCAUCAAUGGAGAGGACAUCCUGUUUGCCAUGUCCACUCUAGGCUUCGACAUGUAUGUGGAGCCACUCAAACUCUACCUGCAGAAGUUCAGAGAGGCGAUGAAGGGGGAGAAGGGCAUGCCAGGUGUGUCAGUUGGAGAAGGCCUGGGAGAGGAGCUAGCAGACGACAGCUUCACGAACACGCUGCCUGCGGGCAUCAUAACGGCGGAUGGACAGCAACAAAACGUCAUGGUGUACACCACCUCAUAUCAACAGCAGAUUCCUGGCGUGCAGCAGAUCCAGUUCUCAUGACAAGGCAUCACCCUGGAUGCUGCGGUGCCAACUGUGCCCAAACUGUCCGAGAGGUCACAGCGGAGCUCCUCUGACCCUGCUGCUGGUCAAAGGUCACCAACAGGACGGAUAGGGAGGGGGUUCUGUGGUUGGGUGGGAAGGUAGCAUUGACGGAGCCCUCCAGUGUACAAUCUAUGGAAGCCCGUUGACUAGGAAUUGUAGUAAGAAUGAUAGAUGUGAGGUACCUAAAGGUCUGAGAUGGGGAAGUUAUUAAGGCUUUAUUUUAAAAGGCUGUUCAGGCCACAACUUAGUUUGCGGUCAGUUUUUGUUGUUGUAUUUCCUACAAAUUGCUCCAAGUUGGAUGGGGGGACAUGUCCUUUUGAAGCUUGUUUUGUUUCAGCACCCUCUCUAGUUGAACCAUGAGGAGAGAUGCCCUUAAUGUCAUAGAAUCAUGCAAUCCUUUUCUAAGUUGUGGAAAACUGAAUGCCACAUGCUGUAACAUUGUGUAAAAUCAUUUGAAUAAAAGUAGAAAAGCU